GGAGUGGUGGUAGUAGUAGUAAAAGCAACCGGAGUAGCGGUAGUAGUAGUAUUUAACAAGGAAAGGAGUAGCACUAUUAACAGCAGGAGUAGCGGUUGCAGCAGUUGUGGUGGUGGUAGUAAGUUUUAUCUUACGAAUACAACUGUAUACGGUCAAGUAAACAAUUAUUUUCUACUACUUGGCUCCAUCACGACCACAGACCAAUGAAUUACCCCACUCACGGACAGGUUAUGCUGGCACUGGACUUGCUACCAGAAACGCUAGGUUCUGACCUUUCUGAUAACUUUGACUUCUUUUCCCCGCUGCUUUCCCUCAGAAACUAAUGGAUGCCACUUUCUCGGCCAACUUCGCCCAUUGAGGAAUGUAUAUUACGAAUUGACGGAGUCGAUGCAUGCAAGUUUUAGACUAAUUAUAAUUUACUGCUGAUUGUAUUUUAUUUACCUGCGUAUUUUGAUAGAGGAAAACUUUUUUUAGUCACGUUAAUUUUGGGCCUUAUUUCCUAUCCAAAAUAAUAUUCUCUUGUCCUCCAGCUCGGCAUACAGGAGUUGUGAGUUGUAAGGUAUUUCAUUGGGUGUUACCAUCAUGUUAGAGUAAUGGCGCCUAAAAAAUCAACAGUAUCAAACGUUCUUCCGUUUCAUGUAGUGGAUAAAACGGCUUUAUCACCGGGAUAUACGCAUUGGGACCAUCAUGAUAUAAUUUAUACUAAAAGUGGUCCAAUUGAUUUUAGCAGUAAGCACAAUCACUCAAGUCCUGUGAGUUCAUUACCAGUUCAUCCAGAUGUGAGGUUGAAACGGCUACCGUUUUAUGACAUUUUAGGAGAGCUUCUGAAACCAACUAGUUUGGUCCCUAAACCUACUGGUCGUUUUCAAGAAACAUUCUUUAUAUUCCAUCUCACUCCUCAACAGGCACAAGAUAUUGCUAUGUCCAGAGAUUUUAGACCUGGUGCUAAAUGUGAAUACACAACACAAGUGCAGUUGAGAUUUUGCCUUUUGGAAACAAGCUGCGAACAAGAUGACAACUUCCCUCCAAGUAUAUGUGUGAGAGUGAAUGGGAAACUCGCGACAUUGCCAAAUCCAAUACCAACAACUAAACCUGGUGUUGAGCCCAAACGUCCAGGACGUCCAGUUGACAUCACAGCUUUAUGCCGGUUGUCACCAACAGUGCCCAAUCAUGUUGACGUGUCAUGGGCUUCAGAGUUUGGAAGGGGUUACUGUGUUGCAGUUUACUUGGUGAAAAAGCUUACCUCUGACAUUCUACUACAAAGAUUAAAACAGUUUGGUAACCGCCAUCCAGAUCAUUCCAGAGCUUUGAUUAAAGAAAAAUUACAACAUGAUCCAGACAGUGAAAUUGCAACUACUAGCCUUAGAGUAUCAUUGAUGUGUCCACUUGGAAAAAUGCGUCUUCAGAUUCCCUGUCGUUGCAGUACAUGUACACAUUUACAGUGUUUUGAUGCUUUCACAUUUCUUAUGAUGAAUGAGAAAAAACCUACAUGGAUCUGCCCUGUCUGUGAUAAAUCUGCAGCAUUUGAUAAACUUAUUAUUGAUGGAUUAUUUGUGGAAAUUCUUCAACAGUCUGCUGGUUGUACAGAGAUUCAAUUUGGUGAAGAUGGUUCUUGGAGUCCUUUGAAGGCUGUAAAAGAAACAUUACUUAUCAGCAGCCCAGUUAUUAAAAGCUCAUCAAUACCAGGAUCACCCGAGAAAAAAGCAAGUCCACAGCAAGAUGUGAUUGAUUUGACUAUGGAUUCCUCAUCUGACGAGGAAGAUCUCACACAGCAUGUUACUCCAUCACGAACUCCAAGUACAUCACAAACCAGUAAUUCUUCAGGAUCAUCAAUUGCGACUUCAGUUAAUUCAUCUCCUGUGUAUUCCAACAAUGUAUAUCUUCAGCCGCCUUCCCUUCCUGUUAUCACCUCCAACAGUAUUGCAGCAGUAUUUGGCUCGCGGUCAUCUCCUGUGUUGAAAUCUGCACACUCAUUGUACAUAUCACCUCCAAACUUUGCUGAACUGUCAGCUAAUGAUAUUUCUGAAAAUUUUACAAAACUACCAGUUUUCCCUGGAGCCAAUUCCAGUUCAGCAGCAGCGGCAGCAGCAGCAGCUUCAACACCAAACCCAAGGGAUGUCUCCAUGUACUCAUUGCUAUCACCAGAAGCCAGUGAUGAUAUGGAGAUAUCUAACUUGAUUGGUUUACCAGGCUAUCUCCCUAACAGUAACAUUGUAUCCAGCAUGAAUAGCAGUAGUAGCUGCAGUAACAGCAGUAGUAGUAUUAGCAGCAGCAGCAGCAAUAGUAGCGGGUGUAAGAGCAGCAGCAGCAUCAGUCAUAGCCAUCCACCCUUACCUACCACAGUUAUGACUAACUCCAUUGCUGUAACCACUUCAUCUGACUGUUUGAAUUCAAACCUCAACCAACUCAAUCAACCUGAUGUCAUAUCACUUGAUUAAAACAUCUUGAUGCAUCUCAGUGUCAAUACACUCAUAAAUACUGAUAUGUUUGUAAAUAAAGAAUACAUUCAAACUUG